GAGCGCGCUCCCGUGGAAAGACUUCGACCGAGUAACAGCGCGUCCCCGCGGCUGCACGGCGCUAAUUUAGACAGUUUAGAGAUCAGAAAUUCCCCCCGGGAAUAAAAUCCAUGUUCUCGCAUACGUGCGGACGACGGACGCUCAGGCGUUUGGAAAACAUGGAUGCAAGCUCGGAGCAGAGUUUUCGCGACUUGUCGGAGGCACCGAAUCGGGUUCCGGUGGCGAUAUUUUUCUGUCAGGAAGUUUGACGUAUUCGGCUGAAGAUUAUUUCUCGCUUUGUUUUGGUUUGUCGAAAGUUGUGGACCCUCGUUAACUACGGACGUCGUGCGACAACUUCGUGACGGGAUCGUUGGGAAAAGACUGAGUUUUUUUUUGUUUUUCCACAUAAAAAAAAAAACAAAAAACAAAAGUCAGCUUGGUUCUCAUGUGAGUUCUCCAGGAACCGCAAUUUAAGAGUCCGAAGCUCUGCGGAGUUUGUCCAACUUGGCUUCGCCUCACACAACAAAUCGAGUUUAAUUUGUACAAUAAACACUUAGUACUUUUUUUCCUAUCAGUGUCAUUUACGCUGGUUUUCAGUUCAGGUCUAAACUCCGCUGUGCCGCAGUAUGAUUUCUCUGUACUUCAGUUACAGGUCAGAGAUGGGCCUUUGUGUUUAGAUCCGAAUUCAGGUUGCAAUGCGAGACGGUUUUAUCCAGCGCAGCCAUCGAAGUUAAGGUAUUUCCAGCCUAGAAUAUAUUGGACUCGAACCUGGUAACACGGAGAAGGAGAGUCUGCAAACUUAGCGGGAACAGAGGCCGUCAGAAUCUGUUACUCACAGAUGGAUUUCAUACAGGCCACACGGUUACUGUUACACCUGGUUUGGUAGUCUUCGGUUCAUGUUUGACACGGUGACGGGACACGACCGGAGUCCCCCCCCCCCCUGCAAGCCUGUGACUCUCUGAUGUGACUUCUGAAAAUGUUUUGGAAAUUGGAGUUUUCCAACGACCCGAGGCUGCAGCGGGACAGAGGUUUGUCUUUGUGCCGCAGCUGGAGCGGUCUGAGGUAGGCUUUUCCACCGGAACGUUUCCCGUGUGAGGCUCACAGCCGUCUGAUGUGACCGUGUUUGCUUUCCACCACCUGGGAAGCGUCGCUUUGUGUGUCUGCUCCAACUUUCCGUUAAAGAAGACGAGCCGCCCCCCCCACUCCCGUUACCUGGGGGCGUGGGGGUGGGGGUCAGCCCCGCCAUGGCGCCCUCGCGCACAGACACACUCACCGGUGUGUCGGUUUGAUUGAGGACACCGAUGGACGUGAACGACUGGCGGACCUACUGCGUCAUCUCUGCCGCGAGGCACCGGUGACCGGAGUCGGCUCCACGCGGGACCCGACCCAUUUCGUCAAGCCGACAGGCUGUGGCACAGCAGAGACACGUUUCUGAAGACGGGCUUGUAGGCCACACACGCAAUCGUCGCCACAAUGAAUGAGAGGCAGGCUCUCCACUCUAUAAUGAAGGACCUGGUUGCCCUCCAGAUGACGCGGCGCCAGCCUGUGUUGUCAUAUGACAAUAGCAAACCCAAGACACCGGCUCAGACGAACAGACAGGACGAUGUCAGGAUGAAAUUUGAGUUCUCGGGAGAGAGAAGGAUCCUGAUGUUUGGACGGCCUGUGCAGUUCGAGGAAAUCCAGCAGAAAGUUAAGACUGUCUUUGGGCAGCACUUAGACCUGCAUUACAUGAACAAUGAGUUGUCCAUCCCUCUGCGAGGUCAGGAUGACCUGGACAAAGCAAUCGACCUGCUGGACCGAAGCUCCAACAUGAAGAGCAUCAGGAUCCUGCUGCUCACUCAGGAGCACAGCAAUGCCUCCUCCCCCUCCCACCAUGUGCCGUGCAAGCAGGUGAGGAUCAAGUCCUCCCAGUCUACUGGAGACGUUAGCACAGUGUACCAGUCCGCUGAGCCCAGAGGGCGCCACCUAUCAACCGGUUCUCAGAACACGGGGCGUAGCUCACCUCCUCCUGGCUACGUGCCUGAGCGCCAGCAGAGGAUCGCCCGCCAAGGUUCAUACACCAGCAUAAACAGUGAGGGGGAGUUCAUCCCUGAGACCAGCGAUCAGUGUGUGCUGGAUCCCUGGAGCAGUGCAGAGAACUCUGUCUCUGGAAGCUGUCAGUCUCUGGACAGCAGCUCAGAUAGCCCCUCGCUGAGGAAGUCUCGCAUGCACAGAGCCAAAAGUUACCCUGAUAACCGUCAGGAGUGCGCAGACAGGGAGAAUCAUGUGUAUGACAGGGUAGCGGGAAAGGGAGGCACCUAUCCCCGUAGGUACCAUGUCUCCCUGCAUCAUAAGGACCACAGUGAAGGUCGUCGAACAUUUCCACGGAUCCGUCGCCCCCAGGGGAACCUGUUCACUCUUGUGCCUUCACGCCGGUCACUCAAUGGCAGCGAGGAGAGUCUGGGCAGCUGGCAGCUGGUCGACGCCCAGGGCAGGUUCCGUCCCCAGGAUCAUUCUGUUGCCCAUAAGUCACCCAGUGCUCCAGUGACAUGGCGGCGGGGGAAGCUUUUGGGCCAGGGAGCGUUUGGACAGGUUUACCUGUGCUACGAUGUGGAUACUGGGAGAGAACUGGCUGCCAAGCAAGUCCAGUUCGAUCCCGACAGUCCUGAGACCAGCAAGGAGGUCAGUGCUUUGGAGUGUGAAAUCCAGUUGCUGAAAAAUCUGCAUCACGAGCGCAUCGUUCAGUACUACGGCUGUCUGAGGGACCACAAUGAGAAGACUCUCACUAUUUUCAUGGAGUACAUGCCAGGGGGUUCAGUCAAAGACCAGCUGAAGGCCUAUGGAGCCCUGACAGAAAAUGUGACCCGGAAGUACACGAGACAGAUCCUGGAGGGCAUGUCCUAUCUGCACAGCAACAUGAUCGUACACAGGGACAUCAAAGGUGCCAACAUCCUGCGGGAUUCAGCAGGCAACGUGAAGCUCGGAGAUUUCGGUGCCAGCAAGAGGCUUCAGACCAUCUGCAUGUCUGGCACCGGCAUCCGCUCAGUGACCGGCACCCCCUACUGGAUGAGCCCGGAGGUGAUCAGUGGAGAGGGCUACGGCAGGAAGGCCGAUGUCUGGAGCCUUGGUUGUACAGUGGUGGAGAUGCUGACAGAAAAGCCUCCGUGGGCUGAAUAUGAGGCCAUGGCAGCCAUAUUCAAGAUCGCCACCCAGCCCACCAACCCGCUGCUACCCAUGCACACCUCUGACCAGGCACGGGACUUUAUCCGCUGCAUCUUUGUGGAGGCCAAACACAGGCCCAGUGCUGAGGAGCUGCUCAGGCAUCCCUUCUCCCAGAUUCUGUGCUGAAACCUGCCUGGUUUCUGAACUUUAACCACAGUAGUAGCACAGUAGUCUCAGCAGAAUCUGUAGCUUCCUUGAAACCCAAGCAUGACGGCGGACCAGACGUGGAACUGGCCUGGGUGUUAGCGUCAAACCCACUGAGCGUCUGCCGCCAAGCAAAUGCUUCAAAGAAGAGUCAGUGUCCACUCACACAAAUCCAAAGAGGCGACGGUUUGCCAGCUGCGGUCAGUGAAAUGCCUUGAAAACCAAUGCAAGUACAUGUUAAAACAAAAGUCACCACCAGGGGGAAUCAAAACACAGAUGAAGUAUCUGGUGGGGUGUUGAUCUUUGUCAGAGACAAACACACUGACAUACACACUCUCCAAAUGCAGCAUCACCGAGUCAUAGCUCAUGCACCAUUUGUGUCUUCAGAAAGUAUCCACUCCUGUGUUUACAUUCACUUGUUGGGCAGAGAAAUGCCAGGAAGCCCCACGUGUUUGACUUUCAAAUGUUUAGCUGAGCACCAUUUUAAAGCUACAGGAGGCCUAGUGCUCAGCUUGGAAGUUGGACACCACUGGUGCACAAUGGUGUUAAAUGGAGAGGUUCUCUUUUUUUUUUUUUUCCUCAGCUUUGGCAUCUUGCAACUUCUUCCUGUUUUUGUUCUCACUUUGGAACAAAGAAAAGUCUGCCUUUAAGCUAGUGUUAUACUUUCUGCAUCCACAAGUACGCGAGGGUCCACUAAGGUCCGAGGGAUGUAAAUGUCAUCAUCAUGUGUAUGCAAGGCUCUGCGCCGACAUCUGUGUGCCCAAUAAUGGCCGUUGGUCCAAGAGGACUAAAAAGUAGUACAAACACACGACUACGUGAUGUCUGCAGCUGGGAGUUUAAUUGGGGCUCUGCAGUUACAGCUCUGUUGAAAGCCAGUUAAGCUAUUUGUGAUGCACUUUGCGUUUCUGGCUACAAAUUUGUGUAGUUUCAGUAAAACGCAGAGGAAGUGACGUCACAUGGAGCUAUGUGUAGAGUAGCUACACUGGAGUUUAAUAGCAAAAUAAUUUUCAGCUGUUGAAAACAUGAGUAGUAAAUAAGCUAAGACACGUUUUGGUUUCAGCCCCUCAGAAGACAGAGGACAUCGUUCAGCAUAGCUUAACAAUCAGAAAUCCAACAUAGGAGCCACAUACACUCCACAUGUCCAGUAUCUGGUUGAAUCAGGGGCGGCCUGGUAAAAUUAAGAGUCAGUGCAUUUCAGUACAAUCUAGGAAUUUGAAUCUAAUAAUCAUAUAAAGCUUGAGGAUGACAUGUAACAGUGUGAAGAGGAGCUGAGCUUGGAUUUUUUUUCCUUGAAGAUUUUGCUUUUUGAAGCGACUCUUCCCGGUCUCGUUCUACCUGAUGCCUCGGUGUGACUUGUCCUUCUACCUUCCAUCCUCCUCUUGCAGCUCUUUGGUAUCACAGGUGUUGUUAGUCCACAAAGUGCCAAAAGGGACAGAUAAAGGACUGUGGAAUGGACUUGGUAUUAGUUAUUUGUGAGAGUGAAGCAGACAGUGCUUUUUAUGGUCAGAAAAAAAUACAAACUAAAGGCCUUAUAUUUGUGAUUCCCGUUGCCUUCGCCAGAGAUCACAUUGUCCAUGUGUGUCUGGCCCAAACUGCCCUGACUGAGAAGCCUUAGCUUAAGGAUCAAUUUUAAAUCAGAUGCACUUUUAUGUAAAAUGAAUGUUUUUUGUUUUUUUUUUUGUUCUCUUUACCAAAUUAGAUUUUUUUUUUUAACUUCAAAUGUGAAAAUUGUUUCACUUUUAUUUAUAUCCCCAUGUCCGUUCCAAUUAGAUUUUAUAAGCAAAUAUAUAUGUAUAAAUAUAUUUUUUAUAUCUAGACUGUGUCAAAUCUAAUGAUACUUUCAGGACAGAGUGUUGUUAAAAAAAAAAGUAAAUCGUUGAAAGCAGCUGGUUUUGCAGACAUUACUGAAUUGGGGUUUAUAAAUGAAAAAUGGAUGGAAAACGAACUCUGGCGGCCUGCUUCUUGUUCCAGCUUAAAAAAAAAAAAAAAAAACAUUUCCAAGCAUCCUUUGCUUUA